UGAACUUGUCAUAUGCUGUCUAGUAUUAAUAUUGUACAUAACAGAAGAAGCGGCUUAACACUUGCCCAGAAAACAGAGAAGGAAUCCAGUGUCCAUUUCAAGAAGCACAUCUUUCCUUUUCUUUCUCUCCCAAAAGUUCCGUAGUUGAAGCUUAUUUUUCCCUUCAGGCCCUUUUUUUCUUAAUUUGCAGAAGCCUGUGAGAAAAGCUCCUCUCUGCUUGAAUGGUUGAUACCAUCAAAACUUUGAUGCCCACUCUUCUUUACUUCUCGUUUCUUCUCUCCUUUGGCUUUGUUAAAGAAGCCUGGUAUUAUCGUUGCAUUGGCCUUGACCCUUGAGAUAGCAUUUUCAUAUAAAUUUAAUCCAUCUGUCUGCUUCUUUGGAAAUCCAAAAGAUUCAGGAGGACUAAUUAAAAACUUAAAGAGAGAGAGAGAGAGAGAGAGAGAGAGAGAGAGAGAGAGAGAGAGGAGAGAUGGAGAGAAAGUUGAUGAAAUCAUUUUCUGAGAAAAUAUGCAUGCAGAAGGCAAUAAAGAAAGGGGAGGAGAAUAAGAAGAUGAAGAAGAAUAGUACUAGGUUGUUGAUUACAGUGAAUGUGUUGGGAAGUGCUGGUCCGUUAAGGUUUGUAAUGAGUGAGAAUGAUAAGGUUGCUGUGGUUGUUGACACUGCUCUGAAACUAUAUGCUCGUGAGGGCCGACUUCCAAUUCUGAGUUCAGACGCCAAACAUUUCUUUCUUUACCCUGCUUGUGCUGGACUUGAUGCUCUAGGACCAUUGGACUCGAUAGGAUCACUAGGAGUGAGAAAUUUCAUCCUUUGCAAGAAGCAAAAACAACCAUUGAUGACAGAAGGAAGGGCAAAUGAGAUUGCUCAGAAUGGGAAAAAGGGUUGGAAGGCUUGGCUGACUAAGUCAUUUAGCUUCAAGAUUCAUUCCCAUUGAAUCACUUUCUUGUGCCUUAGUUAAUUGUGGUUUCGUCAAGCCUAUAAGUGUUGUGUACUAAUAAAUGAUGUGUAUAUAUGCAUCAAUUCCUGGUAUUGACUGAUUUACUCUUAACGUGCCAUAUGUGGUUGGAUUAGUCAUGCCAACGGAUUCCAGAUACCAAGAUGGUUAAAAA